GCAGGAGCAACAUCUAAUGGAGGACCUUCUGCUGCUUCUUGUUUGUUUUCUCUGAUUUGAUCUGAAGCUUUGGUCGAUUGUCUGGGUGCCGUGCAGGCCAUCUGGCUGGAGCUUUAUUGGAUUUUAUGCUGUGAUCCUUUGGCCAACUGUGGCCACUUGAACAGAGAAACACAACAUGAGCGAAGGAGAAAACUGUUCUAUCCUCACACAUCAUCGGUCAGAGAAGUAGCGGCGUGAUCAUUCCCCCCCGUCCUGAGAGCUCCGGAGCAUCAUGGAGUCAGUGGUGAGAGUAAAGAAGUCGCUGAGGACUCCAGUCAGGAAGCUAACCAGCUGUGUGUCGGGGGUGAAGGAGAGGAGGCUGUGUGCCAAACCCAGGAACAGGAGGGGCAGGGGAGGAGGAGGAAGAGGAAGAGGAGGAUGCAACAGGUCGGGGAGGACCCCCCCUCUCCGAACUGCUCACCCCAAAGAGCCAUCUGUCAUCUGCUCGUACCAGGCAGACCUGGAGAAGGAGAGGCAACUGCGGGAAGCAAUGAAUGCUCAGAAGAAUGCGGAGAGAGCAGCGAUGAGAUCUCACUUCAGGAAAAAAUAUCAGCUGUCUGAGAGUACCAAGGACACCAACCACCUGAGGUCCGUUGGAAGGAAGGUGUCGCUCCCCCACGAGCUCUCCAAGAUCAUUCAUCCCGAAAGCAAAAGCAAGGACAACAGCUUCAACCUGCUGAGCGCCUUCCAAGGCCUCAGCUUCGGCACAGCGGCGCUCACAGGGAAUAAACACAGCAAGACGUCCACUCCUACAUCAGGAAGGAGGGACUCUUGUCAGGUCAUGUGAUCCGUAUGUGAUCACAGGGACGAUCAAUAUGCCGCCUUUUGAUUGUGUUGGAGAAAUUCAGGGGAAACAGCAGGAAAAUACCAUCCAGAUACCAAGAUUCAGAAGUAAAACUACAAGAAAUGAUCUGUGUCAGUGUUUUACAAUGUAAUGUAUAUACUUUAGGGUAGUUAAAUCUUCAACAGUGUAUGAUAUUCUCAUGUAAGUAGUGUCAGUUUUGUCGCAAGGCACAAGUUUUUAAAUAUAUUUUUUUUUAUUUCAGGAGGAAGGAUAACUUUCUCAACUCGAUUAAGGAUGCAUAAUUGUUUAUCUUAUCAAAAACACAAAACAAAAUCUAAAUCAGUUAAAAUCACCAUAUUCGACUGCACAGAAACAGGAUGAGAGUUGGUGGUGUGAGAAUUUGUAAUCUGAUAAAUAACUAUAGUGACAGAUUCUAUUCUCUAUAGUUCUAUUCAUGACAACAGGUUUUCACAUUGUCUCUAUCCCUUUUCAUGUCGUCUUUUUGUUGUACUUUAAUUUUUGAUCACUGUUAUGUUAUAAUAUUGUGUGUGUCAUGUAACCUAGAAGCUACUGUAGCUAGUCUCUUCUUACGGGGCUGUCGGGUCUCUGUAAAUGAUUUUGAUCCAGCUGGUGAUCUAAACACAAGUAAGGAAUCUCAGGGUAACACGUUCACAUUACAUCACACACUCACUACAUACAUACAUAAAUAUAUACUCAUUUUUUCUUUGUGUGAUUAGGAAGUUAUUUUGAUGUAUCUUUGUAAAUAAUCUGAUAUGUAUCACGUGUGUGUACAAGCCAAAUUCUACCUGUACUGUAAAUUAACUUCAUUUUAGUUUCUUGUGAUUACUGUCUUGUUUUUAUUGAGCUCAUACUGGCGUGUAAAAUAAUCUCGUGCUGCUAAUCAACGGUUUUUAUACAACAUGAAGCAAAAACCCAACAAAUGAAGAAGUAGAUACUUAAUGGCAGUGACAAACACUUGUAAUAAACACAUCUUUGCACUUUU